ACGCGAAGGUCGGUGAGUUGGUGCGGAGUAGUUCUCGGCCCGCGUGGUCGCGCUGGGAUGGAUUCCUCCUCGUCUUCCUCAGCGGCCGGUUUGGGCACUGUGGACCCACAGUUGCAGCAUUUCAUUGAGGUGGAGACACAGAAGCAGCGCUUUCAACAGCUAGUGCACCAGAUGACGGAACUUUGUUGGGAGAAGUGCAUGGACAAGCCUGGGCCAAAGUUGGACAGUCGGGCUGAGGCCUGUUUUGUGAACUGUGUUGAGCGCUUCAUUGAUACAAGCCAAUUCAUCUUGAAUCGACUGGAACAGACCCAGAAAUCCAAGCCAGUUUUCUCAGAAAGCCUUUCUGACUGAUCUCAGCAUUACCUCAUUGGAGAAGGAAGGUAGUUCAAGAAAUGAAGAGCUGUUGAUGGGAUGGUUGAAGAGAAGGCUAUGGGGAAUUGGCUUCUACCUUUUUUCGCUUUGGGGAUGUUCUGUCAUCUGAGAAUGAACAAAGACCAAUUGUGUGUUUGUGUGGUUUGAGGGUUAUAUAUGUAUUCGGUUGUGUUUUUUAUGCUAAUCUUAUGGAAAUAAUUGACAGAUGAGUGGAAGACUCUACCAGAAUGUAUAUCACUCUAUGUGGGACUGUGCUUUUUGUCAAACUCCCAUUAACUGCUUCCUAUA